CAUUACAAUAACAAAUUGCCGCAGACCGAAGUUCAUUUGCAUGAAUUUUCGUUAGAAGCGCGUCGACAUUUCACACCAGAACGCAAAAUUAUCGCCUUAAUAGUAGUACUAAAAGACAACAACAACGAAAACAAACAACAAAUGUCCGUCAUAGCGAGCGAUGURUGCUUUUUCAGGCGCUGGUCCAGUUCGUCUAUGGCAAUGGCCGGCCGCGCAGCGCGAUUGUGUAACAGUGCGACGACGGAUUCCGAUAAAAUUAAUUCCAGCAAUGAUACGACCGCUAAUCACAAUAACAACACUAAUAAAUGCAGUGCUUGUGGCAAUAAUAUUUGCAAUAAUGAGGCACACGAAGAAAGCAUACAGGAAAGCAUACGCGACGACAACAAAAGCAACAACAGCGAAGCGACGUCGACGGUGCCAGCGAUGAACCAGCACACCUUGGAAAUUUCGUAACACGACGGCGCCUUGCAGCAAAACGAGAUACAAAAUCUGUCAUUAAC